GGGACGGGGGGGGGGAAGACAAUGCAGGGUCAGGAUCACGAAACCGCUCCCCUCAGGAAGCUGCGAAACGCAAGGGCAGGGCCCGCAGAAAGACUCGUGUUUCUCGAAGUGCCUCCAGUCGCGCCGUCUGCCUCAACCGGCUCGGCCCACGUCGGGCCGCUCCUCUCAAGCUGCGCCCGACGGAGGCGGCCUUUGAGCGUGGAGCGAGUCGGGCCGAGGAAGAAGGCAAAAGCGCGGCCGCGGCUGGGCUUGCCCGUGUGUUAGGCUCGCCCUCUUUUCCCUCCCUGGCGGAGGCGGGGGAAGCCGUUGGUGUGUCCGGCGGAGACCCCUCCCUCUCUGGCUCUUUUUUUUCCUGUGACACUACUCUCCCGGCGACGUCCGGAAACGCCGCCUGGGCCCAAAGGCCUCACCCCGCCGCCGCCGCCGCUCUCCGAAACCGGGUCCCCUUUCCAUCCUGAGCCCUCGCCUCCUGCUGCCCUGGUGGGAUCAAUGUAGACCCCUGGAAUCGGGCGGGGAGGUUUUGCAGAAACAUGGCGGAUCUGUCGCUACUCCAGGAGGACCUGCAGGAGGAGAUAGACGGAUUUGGUGUGGAUGACUACAGCUCAGAGUCUGAUGUGAUUAUUAUACCUUCAGCCUUGGACUUUGUCUCACAAGAUGAAAUGUUGACACCUCUGGGAAGAUUGGACAAGUACGCUGCAAGUGAGAAUAUUUUUAAUAGGCAAAUGGUGGCUCGAAGUUUAUUGGACACUUUGAAGGAAGUGAGUGAUGAUGAAAGAGAUUGUAUUGCUGUAUUGGAAAGAGUCUGCAGGCUAGCGGAUGAUUCAGAACCAACAGUGCGAGCUGAACUGAUGGAACAGGUGCCUCAUAUUGCUAUGUUUUGUCAAGAAAAUAGGCCUUCAAUCCCUUACGCUUUUUCAAAGUAUUUGUUACCCAUUGUGGUAAGGUACCUUGCCGACCAGAAUAACCAGGUGCGAAAAACAAGCCAGGCAGCAUUACUUGUUCUGUUAGAGCAAGAACUUAUUGAGCGAUACGAUGUGGAGACCAAAGUAUGUCCAGUCCUCAUAGAACUGACUGCUCCAGACAGCAAUGAUGACGUGAAGACAGAGGCUGUGGCAAUCAUGUGCAAGAUGGCAUCUAUGGUAGGAAGGGACAUCACAGAAAGGCUCAUUCUUCCUAGAUUCUGCGAGAUGUGCUGUGACUGCAGAAUGUUUCAUGUCCGUAAGGUAUGUGCAGCCAACUUUGGUGAUAUCUGUAGUGUUGUUGGACGACAAGCUACAGAAGAAAUGCUGCUACCCAGGUUUUUCCAGCUUUGUUCUGAUAAUGUGUGGGGUGUGCGGAAAGCUUGUGCUGAAUGUUUUAUGGCUGUUUCAUGUGCCACAUCACAGGAGGUCCGACGGACAAAAUUAUCUACACUUUUUAUUAACCUUAUUAGUGACCCUUCACGAUGGGUCCGCCAAGCUGCCUUCCAGUCCCUGGGGCCUUUUAUAUCGACGUUUGCUAACCCAUCCAGCAGUGGUCAGUUUUUUAAAGAAGAAGAAUGUAGAAACUCUGAGGAUCAGAACUUUCCAGAGGAACAAAGCAAUGAAAGAAUUGUGGAAUCAGAAGAUGCCUCAACCCAUGAUGUACAAAGCCAGACAGAGUUGCCUUUAGAUGAUGAUGUUAAUGAUUCUGCAGAGACUCUUGAAAAUAACAAGGAAGAGUGUAACUCUAUGUCAGUCCAUUCCCAGCCUAAGGCAAUGUUACAUUGGACUUUGUCUCCAGAGCCAAGUGAAGAAGCUGCCAGUGAGAGUGAACAAGAUUUGGAUCCUGCAGGUGCUGUAUUACCAACACCUGCACUGAGGUCUGAGGAAAACUCUGUUUCAGAGCAAGAACUAUAUAACUCAUUCCAUUUCUGGAGGACUCCACUUCCCAAGAUAGAUAUUGAUUUAGAGCUUCAGGAACCUGCAGGAAUACUUGAUUCGGAAACUCAGGAAGGAAAAAAGGAAGUAGUUGUAUCAGCUUCUUCAAACAUUAGCAUGGCUACAAGGAAGGAGUUGGAAGAAAUGAUAGAAAAUUUGGAGCCUCAUGUGGAUGACCCAGAUGUUAAAGGUAUUAGCAUGUUAAUUCCAGCACAAAUGGAGGUGCUCUCAGCUGCUCUCCGGGCCUCAAGUCUAGAUCCUCACGAGGAAGUGGCUGCAGGCAUUGGCAAGUCAGUGGAUUGUCAAAGUGAGCUGAGCAUCAAAGACCAGUUGAACUGCAAAAUGAUUCAGGAUAAUACAGUGCCUUUAAUCAAUGAUGCUGUGGAGGACAUUGUAGACUCUACUCUUCGUUAUAUUCAUCAUGACUCUGACUUAAGCACCAAUAGUAGCUUCAGCCCCGAUGAAGAGAAAAAAUCUAAAAUUCAGGAUAUUGUACCUCAGGCCUUGCUAGACCAGUAUUUAUCCAUGACAGAUCCCUCUCGAGCUCAGACUGUUGAUACGGAGAUUGCAAAGCACUGUGCAUAUAGCCUUCCUGGUGUGGCGUUGACCCUGGGCAGACAGAAUUGGCACUGUUUGAAAGAUACCUAUGAGACUCUAGCCUCUGAUAUGCAGUGGAAAGUUCGAAGAACACUGGCAUUCUCAAUACAUGAACUUGCUGUCAUCCUUGGAGACCAGCUGACAGCUGGUGAUCUAGUUCCAGUCUUCAACGGCUUCUUAAAAGACCUAGAUGAAGUUAGGAUUGGUGUGCUUAAGCACUUACACGAUUUUCUGAAGCUUCUUCACCCUGACAAAAGACGGGAAUACCUUUACCAGCUACAGGAAUUCUUAGUCACAGAUAAUAGCAGGAAUUGGCGUUUCCGAGCAGAGCUUGCUGAGCAGCUCAUUUUGCUUCUAGAUCUCUAUAGUGCCAAAGAUAUCUAUGACUACCUGCGACCUAUUGCUCUCAGCCUAUGUGCGGACAAAGUUUCUUCUGUUCGUUGGAUUUCCUACAAGCUGGUUAGUGAAAUGGUAAAGAAGCUAUAUAAUGAUCCAACAACAACAUUUGUGAUUGACUUCAUGAAUGAACUGGUUGAAAGGUUCUGCAGAUGCCCAAAAUGGUCCGGCCGACAAACCUUUGUCUUUAUUUGCCAGACUAUUAUAGAAGAUGAUUGUCUGCCAAUGGACCAGUUUGCUGAGUAUCUGCUGCCUCAUUUACUGCACUUGGCCUCAGAUAGAGUUCCAAAUGUUAGGGUCCUGCUUGCAAAAACAUUAAGGCAAACACUUCUUGAAAAAGAAUAUUUCCUGAUGUGUGUCAAUUCCCAUCAAGAAGCAGUGGAACAAACAAUUGUGGCACUCCAAAUGGAUAAUGACAAUGAUGUAAAAUAUUUUGCAAGUAUCCAUCCUGCCAGUACCAAAAUUGCAGAUGACGCCAUGAGCACAGCCUCUUCAACUUAUUGAAGUAGUCUCUGGAUAUUACUUUAAUUUUAAUAAAGGGGGAAAAGGCAUUAUAAAAUCACAGGCAAUCUUCAGGUGCUCCUAAAAUGGAUGACCGAAAACCUCUUUUGUGGAGAGAAUUAUCUUGCCAGAUUUAACUUCAGUUCAAUGUUAUCUCAACUUGAGACCAAGAAUUUAGAGUCAAAAGAAAAAAUAAAAAUAAACAUUACCUGUUGACUCUUGACUCCAAAAAAAAACUUUGCUGAGAGGAUUGUAUUUGCCACCGGAGCCUUAAAUCGUCUUGUCUUCCUGAAUAUGUAAAACUUGAAUUGGCUGAGCAUUUCCAAUGUAGAAGGAAUGUGAUUUCCAGAAACUGGCAAUUGUUUUCUCCUGAGGAGUUGUGACCUAGCAAGCUUUUUUCCUUAGAAACUGGUAACAGAAAUUCUCACAGCCUCUAAAGGGCGGAUUUGUACCAAGAAGUGAGGAGGCACCUCCAGUAUUAGCUAUUAAAGUUUUUAUCCAUGAAAAGACUUGCUUUGUGUGCAGCUGGGCACAUCCUUAAGUGUGAAUAGUUUUGAUGUGUGUAAAUGAGGAAAAAGUAGAGAUUUGGUGUGUCCUUUCUCACUUUAAGGGCUCAGUGCUAACACUAAAACAAUCUAAUUUUAAUACGUAAACACAGCAUAUUGCUGUAUCCAUUAGCAGAAAUUUCCUCUAAGUACCUGUGUCUUUUUUUUUUCAUGCUGGUCAUGACCUCAAGAAAACCUAGUAGCACAUGUACUUCAAGUCAGGUAUUUUUAACUUGAUCAUGAUCGGCUCUGAGGUGCAACUUUUUCUUCAUAUACUGUACAUAUCUGUGAUCACUCUCAGGAGUGUAGCAGUCUUUAAUCAUGCUGUUUCAAACUGUUGUGAUAAAAUGCUCUCUCCUCCAAAUAAAAAAUAUUAAUAAGAGUGAAUGAAAUCUCCUUCUCUUAAUACCGU